AUGCGCCCCUACUCCUUCGCCACGCAGUGUAACAUCGUCAUUGCCUGCUUUGUUCUCCAUAACUUUAUAAAGUUGGGGGGGGAGGGAGACUUCCCGUAUGAGCUGGACGUGGAAGACGAUCAUGAGAGCAACGCUGUACUCGGUGCUGCCGGUGCUGCCGGUGCUGCCAGUGCUGGUGGGAGUUGUGCUUCUGUUGGGACCAGGAUUGUUCAUAGGUGCACUUCUCUUCUCUCCCCUCCCUUGCUUCCCUCCUCUGCCUCUUCUUCUCUUCUUAUCUUACUGCCACUCCCUCUCAUGUAUCCUUCCCUUCCCUUUCCCUCCUCUCUCUUUUCGCCUCCCUUCCUCCUCUCGCUUCACGUCCUCUCGCUUCCCUUCCUCUCUCUUCCCUUCCUCUCGCUUGCCUUCCUCUCGCUUCCCUUCCUCUCUCUUCCCUUCCUCUCGCUUGCCUUCCUCUCGCUUCCCUUCCUCUCUCUUCCCUUCCUCUCGCUUGCCUUCCUCUCGCUUCCCUUCCUCUCUCUUCCCUUCCUCUCGCUUGCCUUCCUCUCGCUUCCCUUCCUCUCGCUUGCCUUCCUCUCGCUUGCCUUCCUUUCGCUUGCCUUCCUCUCGCUUGCCUUCCUCUCGCUUGCCUUCCUCUCGCUUGCCUUCCUCUCGCUUCCCUUCCUCUCUUUCCCUCCCUUCCUCUCUCUUUCCCUAUCUUCCUUUCUCUCCCCUCCCUUCCAUUCUCUCGCGUCAAUUGUACACGAAAUACUCGCCGCUCCAUCCACCUCCCAUUGGCAUGCCUUUUCCACCCUUUCGACUAGCACACUCUCAAAAACUAAUGCCUGCUCUUCUCUUCAAACCCUCUCCUCUCCCCCAUACUUGCCAUGA